GAGUCAAUCAUCGGUGACGCGCAUCGAAUUGAGCUUUUGCAUUGCCAAGACAAGAAUUUGUGCUUGCGAGUUUGGGCAAAGUGGAAACAGCGACGCAAUUACUCCAAGUACAUGAUACACCAACAACAAUGGCAACAUCAACAGCUCCUUCAGCGCUCUCGUUCCCCCCGGCGACUUUUGCGAAAAUCUCACCUGCACCCUACCUUCUCGCCCAUCUUAGCCCGACAUCCUCAUCUGCUUCGCCGACACGCCCUAGUGGUCGUUCUCCGCAAGAAUGUCGUUCGCCGUCCGUCAACACUGGCUCCCUCACACACGCCAAUGGUAGCGCCGUCGUUAGACUGGGAGAUAGCGCUGUGGUCUGCGGUGUACGCGCCGAGGUCCUGCGCACAUCAGACAUUCCCCACCCAUACCGUGGCCCGGACGAUAGCAGACGCGAGAUUGAAGAGUUGGGCCUCCUGGUACCCAACAUUGAACUCAGCACUGGUUGCUCACCUGGCUUCCUUCCUGGAAACGCUCCUGGUACUCUGGCACAGUCUCUUACGCAGAGACUGCUCUCGUUGCUACAUUUGUCAAAACUGGUCGAUGUCGAGGACCUGAAGGUCAAAUACCAACCACCAGAGACUGAAGAUGAUAUACCAGAUGCACCACCUGAGUUACAAACAAAGGCAUACUGGGUCCUCUACAUCGAUCUGCUGGUGAUUAGUCUGGAUGGAAACCCCUUCGACGCGGCAUGGGGCGCUGUGCUAGCCGCCCUUUCCGACACAAAACUGCCCAAGGCAUGGUGGGACGCCGACCGCGAGGCCGUCCUUUGCUCCGACCAACUUUCCGAUGCCAAAGCCUUGACUCUCGGCAACAUUCCCGCAUCUCUGACUUUCGCCGUCUUCACCACCGCUGCACCCCAGAAAAGGCCCGAGGACGCGAAGAAUUGGGUCCUGGCUGACCCGGAUGGUUUCGAGGAAGAGCUUUGCAACGAGAGUAUCACCAUCGUGGCUACGGAGACGUCCAUCUUGAGGAUAGAGAAAAGAGGCGGCGGAGUUGUGGGCAGAGAAGGCAUGAGAGAGCUUGUUGCCCACACUCAAAGUAGACUUGGAAACUGGAAGCAGGCGCUUAAUCAGCAACAGAGAUGAGCUUGCUAGUUGGGUAUCGAAAAUACGACAUGAGAUGAUUGUCCAAUCUACGAGGAUGCAACCCGCGUCCAAACGGACAGGCCUACGAUCACCGGACCACGGUGCUGUGUGCACUCUGAAGAACACCGGCGCUAGCAACGUCUCCAGAACUGCGACGAGAAACUCAAGCCUCUGCGGGUAGACACGAUUUCGGAAGGAAGGCAUGAGAAGAGUCACGAUAUAGUCAGUGAGAAGUUGUGGGGUCGUGAAGGUUCAUUCAGAGGUAUGUAGGUAUCAUAAGAACGCGAAAAAGCAAGACCGGUGCGAGCCUUCCGCCCGGUUCUUCAUGUCUCACAGAGAGACAACGCCAAUUUUAUGCAUUCGUCCAAGCCUCCAUUUUACAGAGCGGCCAUGCCAGCCAAGACACCCAUGGCGCCGAGAGCGAAGCCAGCAAAGG